CGCCAUCAUGUCCAAGUGCCUCCUGAGUCGGAAUAAUUGUGCAAGGAUUCUCCUCUUCUCACCACCAUCUACCUCUCCGAUUCAUUCACCUUCUCCUAAAGCCUUUUCCGUUGCCAAGUCCGGAAAGAUUCAGUCAUUGACCCUGAAAAAGAAGAGGAGAUUGGAUGAGGUAUGUGUAGAAAGAUACCAGCAAUUCAGCCGAACAAUGAUACAGUCCUGGAUAUUACAAGGUAAAGUAUUGGUAGAUGGCAAAGUAAUCAGUAAAGCUGGAACACCCGUCGCCGAUAAAGCUAAGGUUGAGAUAAUUGCUGAAGUUCCCAAAUAUGUAUGUAGAGCAGGAUUGAAGUUGGAAGCUGCCAUUGAACAGUUGGAUGUUGAUGUUAAUGGUAAAGUUGCUCUUGAUGCUGGGUUAUCCACUGGAGGAUUUACUGACUGUUUGCUUCAGCAUGGGGCUUCAUUUGUCUAUGGAGUUGAUGUUGGUUAUGGGCAGGUUGCUGACAAGAUUCGUCGAGAUGAGCGUGUUUGUGUGAUGGAAAGGACGAACUUAAGAUAUCUUGCUGGACUUCCUCAAAAAGUUGAUAUUGUGACUCUGGACCUUUCUUUCAUCUCUAUUCUCUUGGUUAUGCCUGCUGUGGUCAAUGUGAUGAAAGAAACGUCAACUAUAGUUACUUUGGUGAAACCUCAGUUUGAAUGUCGCAGAUCACAAGUAGGAGGUGGGGGAAUCGUGAGAGAUCCUCAAGUCCACCAGGAGGUUCUUGAGAAGAUCAUAAAGGGUGUAGAGAAUUUCGGAUUCUGCAGCAAAGGUUGGAUUGAAUCACCAUUGAAGGGCGCUGAGGGUAAUACAGAAUUUUUGGUUUGCUUUGACAGGACAACAGUUUCUACUUCGAAUCAAGAAUAACUUCAUCUAGUUUAUUAUCCUUUCUGCAAACCAGCAGUUUCUAGUUUUUAAUCUAUGUACUUCACCUCGUACAAUGAUUGUUCAUCUAGUUUUCAUUUAUUUAAUAUAAAAUGCAGCUAUAUCACAAUCCUAAAGUUAUGUAGCCACCCACACAUUUUACUUAUCAUGAUUGAUUAUUGUAUCAACUGUGGCCAAUUCAACUUAUAUCACUUCGGUGUUCUGAAUUGAAUUUUACUGAUGUAGUAUCCUCAAAGUUGACCCAA